AUGAGUCGACUGUCCGCUAAUAUAAUUCCUAUUUGUUUCUCAUACUUUCUUCUCAUUAUACUUCUAUUUCAAUCAACUCGUCCUGUCCAAUCGCUUGCUUUAAGUAGCCUUUGCGGACAGUUUGGCCAUUCAUGUUUUGGUGGUAAUUGGGGUAAACGUGAAUUAUUAACAUCUUCCAUAGCACCAGAUUUCAAUACAAAUGAACAUGAAACAAUAACAUUUACAGAAGAUGAAAAAAAUUUAAUUAACAAUUUACUUUUAGAAAAGAUGCAUGUGAGUAUGCUUCAACAACGACUACGUCAAUUAUUGAAAUUGGAAUAA